AUGGACGAGUUUAUAAUACUAAGAAUUCAUCAUAAUGAGGAAUUCAUUGAUGGUGAUCUUAGAGUGUAUGAAGGAGUGAAAAUUGAUGAGUUGAAAGUAAAUAUUGACAAAUGGAGUUACUUUGAGUUGAUAGGUGAACUGAAGGAGUUAGGUUAUAGGGAUUUUGAGAAAAUCUAUUACAAUGACCCGACAUUUGGGAUGAAUACAUUGAUUGAUGAUGUAGGAGCAUUAGAAAUAGAUGAUCUUUACAGGGUUCACCUAGGUGUAGACAUUUAUAUUCAACACACAUUUGAUAAGUUUGAUUAUUAUGAUGGGCCUAUACAAGUGGAAGUAAAAAAUGUUGUCAAUGUCAAUGAGGAGCUUGAUGCUGAAAAAGUUGGUAUGGAGGCUGACAAGGUUGUGUUGGAGGCUGAAAAAGGUGGUAUGGAUGCUGAAAAUAUUGGUAUGGAAAGUGGUGAGGUGGAUGAUGCUCUAAGUAGUGAUACUAAUGAGGAUUGUUAG